UAACUCGCUACGGCGCAUGCUUACCUGUCCCGUGACUGUCAAAGAGGAAGCAUCGGGGUCAUUCAUCAGAGACAGUAUAUUUCAAGUGUAUAGUGUAUUUACCUUCACAACAAAAUACUACGAAGACUCCAGAUUGUCUCCUGCAGCCUCUCAACAGAGUGUUAUUGUUAUAUUUGUCCGAUAUGGCUGGACGAGGUAAGCUGAUCGCCGUGAUCGGGGAUGAGGACACCUGCACUGGGUUUUUGCUCGGAGGGAUCGGGGAGCUGAAUAAGAAUCGCAAGCCCAAUUUUCUGGUCAUUGAGAAGGAUACCAGCGUUACGGAGAUAGAAGAAACCUUCAAGGGUUUCCUGGCCCGUGAUGAUAUCGGAAUCAUUCUGAUAAAUCAGUUCAUUGCAGAGAUGAUCCGGCAUGCCAUUGAUGCCCACACACAAUCAAUCCCAGCUGUGCUAGAGAUCCCGUCCAAGGAGCAUCCCUAUGAUGCCUCCAAAGACUCCAUCCUGCGCAGAGCUAAGGGCAUGUUCUCUGCUGAGGACUUCCGAUAAACCCACAGGAAGCACUGCAGCAGGCUGGGCAGGACUAGUUUAAGUAAAGUGGGAUUGAGGAGGAGGAGGAGGAGAAACAGUAGCUAUGUCAGCCAUUUGCCUAUUUGUCUUUUCCAGGUGUCGUUCCAUAUAAGGGUAACUAGGGAUUUGGUGUGGGGUGGAAGUUGACAUUUCAGCGUAAUUUAUAUCAAAGACCCAUGUAGUGAUUUUCGUUUUUAAAGUCUAGAUCUUAAUGCAUGCAACAGACGGGUGAUCCUUUUCCACAAAAAUUUAGGUUAUUUAGCUUAAACAGAUUCUGCUUCAUCCAUAUCGAAUCCUCUGCAGUAUGUCUUUAGCCCAGGUCACCCCCUCUCCCCUAGAUUGUCCUUCUCCCAGCACAGGCAGCCCACAGAGAAUGCUUGAAAACAGAUACCCCUCAGGCCAGAACAUGCAAGCAGACAAGGCCACAAGGACUCACUGAAGUGGUUUACUGCUCCCAGAAUGGAAUUGCUAGCAACAUCAUUGAAAAGAGGAAGUCUAGUCAUGAGGUGGAAAAUGAUUGUAUUUCUAUAAGAGUUCCUGUUCUAGCAUGGGCAAAUGGGCUGGUGAAGGAACUCAUGAAUUGCCAUCAUUCAAUCUGCCACUUUUCUUCAUCGUUCCGACAUUUGUCUGACAUUAUUUUCGCAGAUUAAUUUGAAAAAUGGCCGUGUAUGUUAGAUCAGUAAAUUAAAAAUAAAUAAAAAAAAAAAAAACAGUGGCUAGAUUUAUUAACCAGAUUUAUUCUGAAUAAUUGAAAUUAUUAUAUAACAUUAUGUUUGUAAAAUAAACUGGUAUGUCUAGCAUUUUUGUUCUUACUAAUUUUAAGAUUUUGUAGAAAUCCCAAUGAUUUGUUAAACCUUAUCAACUGUUUUUUUUUUAAACUUCAGAACAAGAAAUUGUACAAAAUGAAAUACUAUCUUAGAGUGCAUUCACUGUAUUUGUCUAUACAAUUUGGAUUUGCAGUUACAUGGCUGAGGUUGUUUGUAUUUUCAGACUUCAAUGAAGGGCUGCCUGUCUUUGAAGACCCCAAUACAAAUGAUUUAUUCCUUUAAAAAAAAUGAUUGAUGUUAAAAAGAAACCAUAUUGAGUAUGUUGUGUUGUAACUGAGUUUGUGUGCUUGUUACCAAGGAAAUGUUAGUUUGUGUGUUAAUAAAUGACUAGAAACAAAA